AUGUCUACACCGCAGUCCGUCUUCGACUUUCUCAACAUAUCAAGUUCAUUUGCGUCAAUCAACAAAACACGCCUGCAAGAAAUUCGCUCUUCUCAUCAGGUUUUCCUGUCGCAAACAGGCAGUUCAGCCACACCCACCAGCGAACAAGUUCUUAGACAUUUAGCAACCCAAUACAAUCUUCUCGAUGAUGCAACGAAUAUAGACCAGCUAAAAUUAUGUGUUCAAAAUCCAACUAAUUUAGAUCUGGCUUGCCAUGAGCUUGUCUCAGCAUUCAAUCGAAUGCAAUUUACUCGAAAUUCUGAGAAGAGACGACAAGCAUUGCCAUCCAAUUCAAUUCGCGAACAAGCCAUGCCACCAAAACCAACUGUUGUCGAUUAUGUGAGAGAAGUCGUUUGUCGCAUUGAUGUCAAACAAGAUCAGCCAGUUGUGCACGAUUUUAUACAUCGAUUCUUGUUCCAACCUCUUACUGAAUCCAGAAACAAAGAGAUAUACCACUUCAACGGGUGNAAAUUGCAAUUAGCUGAACCAAUUACAGUCGAUGAUGAAUUCGAUACUUGGUUUUUUGAUCAUAUGCGUGGUGUAAUGCAACUCUGGCUGGUAAACAACGAUGGUCCAGCGUUUCCUACCCGAUGGAAACUCGAUCCAAAUGCCAAUAUAUCAUAUGUAAUCGAAACAGGAGACAGUCGCAAGAAUGAUGACGAUGACGACGACGAUGUUGAGUCAUCGAAAACUAUGGUCAAUAUCGAUCGACCAAGAACAAUAUCAUUGGAACACUUUGUUCAUGAUGUUUGUGAAAAAGAGAAUAAUGUUUGGCAGUUACGACUAAUUUCAUUCAAUUUCUGCCGUUGGUUAAUCAUCACAAAAUCUACAAUGUCUACACCGCAGUCCGUCUUCGACUUUCUCAACAUAUCAAGUUCAUUUGCGUCAAUCAACAAAACACGCCUGCAAGAAAUUCGCUCCUCUCAUCAGAUUUUCCUGUCGCAAACAGGCAGUUCGGCCACACCCGCUAGCGAACAAGUUCUUAGACAUUUAGCAACCCAAUACAAUCUUCUCGAUGAUGCAACGAAUAUGGAUCAUCUAAAACUAUGUGUUCAAAAUCCAACUAAUUUGGAUCUGGCUUGCCAUGAGCUUGUCUCAGCAUUCAAUCGAAUGCAAUUUACUCGAAAUUCUGAGAAGAGACGACAAGCAUUGCCGUCCAAUUCAACUCGUGAACAAUCCACGUCAUCAAAGCCAACUGUUGUCGAUUAUGUGAGAGAAGUCGUUUGUCGCAUUGAUGUCAAACAAGAUCAGCCAGUUGUGCAUGAAUUUAUACAUCGAUUCUUGUUCCAACCUCUUACUGAAUCCAGAGUAUUCCGGACAAAUAGAUAUACCACUUCAACGGCUUCAAAUCAGUUACCACCGAUGACUGGAUGUGUUCUUGAUGUGUUCAUUCGUGAACAGCUACUUGCACGAGGCAUAAUCGAUCCUGGUCGUUCACUUCGCAAAUUGCAAUUAGCUGAACCAAUUACAGUCGAUGAUGAAUUCGAUACUUGGUUUUUUGAUCAUAUGCGUGGUGUAAUGCAACUCUGGUUGGUAAACAACGAUGGUCCAGCAUUUCCUACCCGAUGGAAACUCGAUCCAAAUGCUAAUAUUUCAUAUGUAAUCGAGACAGGAAACAGUCACAAGGAUGAUGACGAUGACGACGAUGUUGAGUCAUCGACAACUAUGGUCAAUAUCGAUCGACCAAGAACAAUAUCAUUGGAACACUUUGUUCAUGAUGUUUGUGAAAAAGAGAAUAAUGGGAAAUAUGAAAAAUGGAUUGCGGCAUUGCGUGAAGAUGAUGUUACGACUUAUGCACAUUUGGCUGGUUUGAAACAUACUGAAUGGGCUGAAUUAAAGUUAUUGUCUAUGAACGGACGUAAAACACUCAAAUCGUAUGUCAAUCGAGAAAAACAGAUGGCUGCAGAGAUUAAAACGACCAAGAAGAAGAACAAUGAAACUGAACGGAGUAAUACGUCCAUGUCAGAAUUGCUCGCUCGUUUGCAUCAGAUCAAACUCUACUUCCAUUAUGUGCUUAACGAUCAAUUUUCUCGAGCAGGGAUUGCUCAUCCGGCCAAACUCGAAAAGCGCUGCGUCGAACUCUCGUUUCAAGAAAUGCGCGCCGAAGGUUUUGCUGACGAUGGAUUAUUCGAUCAAAUGAAAGUCUUCUUUUUGCCACUUACAAUAAUUGAACAAGAUCUAAGAAUCGAGGAUGAUCGGUGGGCUCAAUUGGCUAGCACACGACUCGAAGAACAAAUCAAUCUUCGACAUCGUCAUGAAACGCUUUUAGAAAAACUUAGUGAACUUGAAAAUGAUUAUUAUCAACAUGAUGAUGCGAUCAGUAGAUUAAGACGAGAAUUAUGGGCGGACGCUCCUCGACGUACUGGGAAGACAUCGGGCGAAGAAGAAACUUUUUCGGCUUCACAAUUAAUUGAAGAGCAUCAACUUGAAAUGGAAAGACUAGAACCGAGAAGAACCGAACUACGCGCCGAGAUCAACACGAUCGAAGGCAUGAUUGCAAGUAUCGAACAAGGAUUAAGUGAGCGAAUCACAAAUCUCGAUCGAAAUCUUAUCAAACCCAAUCGUGGAUUCAUCAUGUACGGACCGCCUGGUACUGGAAAAUCGGAUAUAAUGAGCAAGUUAUCGGUUCGCAUCGGAGUCAAUAUGGUUGCACCACCGCUCGCUGCUGGUGAACUCAAUCGAUCUCUGGUGGGUGAAUCUGAGCGAAUCAUCAAUGAUAUUUGCAUGCGUUGCCAUCAAACACCAUACCUCAUGUGUUGCGUGUCCAUCGAUGAAAUAGAUUCAUUAGCACCUAAGCGUACUGAUGAAGCGAACGACGUCAGUGUAGCUAAGUUAAGUGUUCUUUUGUCAGUCAUUGAUGGUAUCAAGGAUGUUCCGAAUCUGAUGAUCUUCUGUGCUACCAAUCGACUACACAUGAUGGAUGAAGCAUUUUUGCGACGUAUGUCAGGAAAGUUUUUUGUUGGUCGACCAUCUUCACAAGCACGCAAGAAGAUUUUAUCAGGCAUUAAACCAUGGCAUGUGACCCCAAGCAUUCUCGAUAAAUUAACCAUGGCAACGACAAACUUUAGCGGAGCAGCUCUCAGUGCUCUUCGUCGUUUGAUCACUGUUCAUUGCAUUGAUGCCGAAGAAAAGGAUCCCAAAUAUCAGCUUGACUAUCGCACAACGUUACAGCUAUGCCACACAGUUGCUCAACAAUUUCGUAUUACCAUUGGUUCAGAAAAUUUGCCUACUAUUCUUCUGCGCAAUGUCACUCAACAGCAAGAAAGCGAGCAUCAACAACAAUAUCACUAUGCUGAUUUUCCGAACAAACGGAAUUCAGUCUACACAGGAAAAGUUCUCGUCAAUUUGUCAGCCAAACGUAUUGAGGUUGAAGCUGAAAUUACGGAUCCUGUCAGUAGCGAACGUGAGAAAAUUGUGUAUCUCGAGCAUCUGAACGAUGACGAGACAGAUGUGCAGCAGCUACUCGAGCGUUUGACCACUUACGGAAAAUCGCGCAAUGUACAACUGUUUCAAACAUCGGGCGAAGAAGAAACUUUUUCGGCUUCACAAUUAAUUGAAGAGCAUCAACUUGAAAUGGAAAGACUAGAACCGAGAAGAACCGAACUACGCGCCGAGAUCAAUACGAUCGAAGGCAUGAUUGCAAGUAUAGAGCAAGGAUUAAGUGAGCGAAUCACAAAUCUCGAUCGAAAUCUCAUCAAGCCCAAUCGUGGAUUCAUCAUGUACGGACCACCUGGUACUGGAAAAUCGGAUAUAAUGAGCAAGUUAUCGGUUCGCAUCGGAGUGAAUAUGGUUGCACCGCCGCUCGCUGCUGGUGAACUCAAUCGAUCUCUGGUGGGUGAAUCUGAGCGAAUCAUCAAUGACAUUUGCAUGCGUUGCCAUCAAACACCAUACCUCAUGUGUUGUGUGUCCAUCGACGAGAUAGAUUCAUUAGCACCUAAGCGUACUGAUGAAGCGAACGAUGUCAGUGUGGCCAAGCUGAGUGUACUCCUAUCAGUCAUCGAUGGUAUCAAGGAUGUUCCCAAUCUGAUGAUCUUCUGUGCUACUAAUCGACUACACAUGAUGGAUGAAGCAUUUUUGCGACGUAUGUCAGGAAAGUUCUUUGUUGGUCGACCAUCUUCACAAGCACGCAAGAAAAUUUUAUCAGGCAUUAAGCCAUGGCAUGUGACCCCAAGCAUUCUCGAUAAAUUAACUAUGGCAACGACAAACUUUAGCGGAGCAGCUCUCAGCGCUCUUCGUCGUUUGAUCACUGUUCAUUGCAUUGAUGCCGAAGAAAAGGAUCCCAAAUAUCAGCUCGAUUAUCGCACAGCGUUACAACUAUGUCACACAGUUGCUCAACAGUUUCGUAUUACGAUUGGUUCAGAAAAUCUGCCUACUAUUCUUCUGCGCAAUGUCACUCAACAGCAAGAAAGCGGGCAUCAACAACAAUAUCACUAUGCUGAUUUUCCGAACAAACGGAAUUCAGUCUACACAGGCAAAGUUCUCGUCAAUUUGUCAGCCAAACGUAUUGAGGUUGAAGCUGAAAUUACGGAUCCUGUCAGUAACGAACGCGAGAAAGUUGUGUAUCUCGAGCAUCUGAACGACGACGAGACAGAUGUGCAGCAGCUACUCGAGCGUUUGACCACUUACGGAAAAUCGCGCAAUGUACAACUGUUUCAAGUGAUCGAUUUGAGUUUACUAUCGAACGAAAGUGCAUAUGAUGAGAAGCAGAGAUUCGAAAUAUUGAAGGAUCGUCUGGAUGAAUAUGUCGCUUAUCGUCGUUCAAUGAUUGUCUACGAUUUGGAUUCGUUAGUCGGUGUUAACAGAAGUGAGUCCGUCUCUUCCAUGGGUUUAUCAAGUAGUCAGUCGCUGGCCAACCAAAACUUGUACAUAUUUGUCAAGGAGAACUUUCAAUUAGCUCAUAUUGAACCGACACUUUCGAGCGAUGAUUCAACUCAGGUGGAAGAGAAAUGGUCGAUCGUGGUCAUUCGUGAUCCAUUUCUCUGUCGUCAAUUCUGCGACGAUGUUCAAUUCACUUUAUCCGUCAGUGAAAUUCAACAGCGAGCAGCCGAUCGAGCAGAAGCUGAACAAACACUGCGGUGUGUCCAAUGCAAUGACUUUUACAGUGAGGAAGACAACAAAGUAGGACAAUGUGUUCAUCAUGAUGGAUUCGUCUAUGAUAAUUAUUCAAACACACUAACUCAAUGGUCACCUGAACGUGCGAUCGAACAGCUACUCAUUGAAGAAGCGGAGGCUGUACAACAGGCAAAUAUUGGAAAUGGUCCACUGACGAAUGAACAGAAGGAACGUGCUGAACGAGCAAAACAACGCUUUCGAUAUAUUUGCUGUAAUCAAAUGUUACAAACGUCGGGCAACGCAAAUGGAUGCAAAAAGGGUAAACAUGGUCCACAAAAUAUCACACGAAACGAAUGGGAAUUGGCACGUGACAAUAAUCAAGAGUAUCACGAAAAACGUCGGCGUUUGCUGACCAUCAGAGCAGAACAACAUCAAUAA